AUGCCUUCACGAUGCUUGCUUUCAUCACGCGCCAAGCAGGACCCUACCCUUGAGAUCGACAUUCAUGACCAUUACGAGUCUAAAGUCUAUACAUUCGGCUCUACAAUCUCGGGAUUUGUUACAAUAACAGCCCACAACCAACUCCCUUUCCAGUCUCUCCAGAUUGAUCUAAGAGGCAUCACUUCAACAUGUGGCCACGCAUUCCAGUAUGGCACACCUUUCAAGACUCAUGUUUUUAUGCAGCUACAAAUGCCAAUAUCUGCAUCAGCUCUACCUGUCAACCAGUCGUUUGAGCCAGGAAAGUUGUACCACGUUCCUUUUCGAUUCGCGAUUCCCGAGCAGCUCUCAUCCACUGCAUGCAACCACCAGAACAGAGCAGUCAGGGAGCGACACCUACAGCCACCGCCUACCAUGGGUUCUUGGGAUCGUGACGACCUUGCAGGUGGUUCUGCAAACAUCGAUUACGUGAUCAGAGCACGUCUUGUGCUGAGCAACAACAAACAAGGGAGGGAACAGUACCUAGAUCAGAGUCGCUCUGUCAAGGUUAUUCCAGCACUUCCUGAGCAACCUCCUCUUCAUAUCAGUCCCGACAACUCAGAUUACUGCUUGUCUCAAACCAAGACGAUUAGAAAAGGUGUCAUUGGCACAAAGAUGGGGGUCGUACGCGCGUCAGCCACUCAGCCAGAGCCUGUUCUCCUCUGCUUAGAUGGACUCAACGCUUCCGGUUCCCAGAUACCUAUCGAUCUAGAAUACAUUCCUGUGUCAACCAGCACCGUAAUACCAGAGAUAAGGGUCAAGUCGGCCACCAUCGAAACUUCCACAAACUUCUGGCUUGGUGUAAAUGGUUACUUGCCCGAUCGCCAUGAAAAGCCAUCGAAUUCAGUUGCUCCAGCAGCACCAUGGGAGACCUCAAACGCCCUCGUUCUCCGGGGGAAAGAAAUGGUGGACUGGAAGAAAGACUACCAACUCGUCUCUGAUAAGGAACCGGAGAGGAGGUCUUCAGAGUCUGUGCACAUUUUGAAAGACUGUGAAGAGCUCCACUCCGCGUCACGUUCAACUUCGUGCGCCUCCCAUUGGAACUUUGAUUCAUCAAAACCUAGAGCGUACAAAACUUCCCUGUCACAAUUAUUCGAGCUUCCCACCGACAAGUAUCUGUUCCUUCCUACAUUCUACUCCUGUCUGAUCAGCCGAACCUAUCGGAUUCGAGUCACCCUAGCCAUAGGCGCUUAUGGCACUACAAUUUCUCUCGUGGUACCGCUCCAGGUGGUAGCCAAUGGGCUUGGCAAUACUCAAUAUCGUGACCAGUUGAACUCCUUCGAACAUGAAGUUCUGAGAUGA